UUCUCCUCACCUUAAAAUUCAAAGUCUAAACAAAAUCAACUCGUAUAUAUUUACAGGAGCUGGUAUCUAUAUAUAUGUAUUAUACUGAAUUUGCCAAUAUUGGAGAGUGAGCAGAAUGGUAACUGAAAAGCCGGUGGUAAUAUUCAGCAACAGUUGUUGCUGCAUGAGCCACUCUAUUAAGUCUCUCUUCUCCGACCUCGGUGUUAACACAGCGAUUUACGAGCUGGACGAGAUGCAGAGAGGCCAUGAGAUAGAGGCGGUGCUUUCAAAUCUCGGCUGCAAUCCAACGGUGUUCAUCGGCGGCGAAAUGGUGGGUGGAGAAAAUGAGGUGAUGAGUCUUCAUCUCCAAGGGUCCUUAAAGCCAAAACUCAAAAGCGCAGGAGCUUUGUGGGUUUAGACGUUUAGUAACGUACGCCUAAACCUCUACGUAUCCAACGCAAGCCAAUAAUAACAAUAACAAUGAUCAUAUAUGGUGUUGCUUUGCGUUUUUUUUUUUAAAUUUUUUUAAAUAAUACUCUUAGUUAGAGUUUGGCUACUAAUUAAUUACUUUUAGUAUGAAAAAGGAAAAAAAGUUAAAGUGCGUGUAUGUAUAAGGAUUAAUCUUAUAUAUACAAUGACAGAUGUAAAGAUUUCUAA